AUGAGCACUGUAGUCAAGCCCCUCCCCUUUGGAAAUAAAUACAUCUUCGACAAAUUGUUAUUCCAGGAGAACUCAUUGUUACUCUCUUCGUAUUUUGAUGUCAUCAUUUCACCGGCACACCUUCCCGAAUUCAAGACAUAUAGCCGAUUACUGGUGGAGUACUUCAUUGCAGAGGGAAGUAUUUGCGACUUGUUCCGCGAGGUUGCGCAACACGACGUCGACCAAAAUACGGUUGAGGUGCACAACUUCAGAACACAAUCGUCCAUUUUAAGGCUAUUUGUGGAGUACUCGACACUCUUUCUAACUGAAUUUGCAAAGAACGCACUCCAAGACGUCCUCCAAAAAUUGAUUCUCGACCAAUCGGUGCAAACGGAAGAGUUGACGAAUUUACUCAAAGGAGGUGUUGCUGAAUCACUCAAAUACAUUCCAAUGCAUGUGAUACGAACAUUACAAAUCAUCGAAGAGGAAGUUGCAAAGAAACAAACAGGCCAGAUCAAGACGACGUGGGUUUAUGUGAACUUAUUCUUCUUAGUCUUUCUCUGUCCAUUGUUAAAUACCCCACAACUGUUUGUCGAGGGGAUUUCUCAGAAGGACAUUUCUCUGAACGAACAGCGAAUUUCACAAUUUUCACAAUUUGUGGCACAAACCAUUCGAAACGGGAAGGGGAUUAAAGGUGUGAGUGUCAUGGUGAACGAAACAAUUGCGUUUUUGAAAGAACCGGUUUCGAUUUCUCUGUCGAAACUGGGGAUUAACAUGGUGGAACAAACGCGACUCCACCCUGCACUGGCUCAAGUGUUUUUGGAUCAUAAAGAUUAUGUGUAUAAUUAUUUGAUCAUUAACGAAAAGAACGUGAAGGUCUCCUCCGUGUUUUUAACAGCUAUCGAACCAUCACAAGUCAAGAUGAAUGAAAUUGAAGCACUGAAGAACCUCGAUCGACUGCUCUUUGCGUAUAACGGAAGGUAUGAAAAAAGGGUGCAAGACGUGUUGAAGGAUAAUAACACACUCUCUGCAUAUAUAUACCAAUUGUCUCAGAAGAUUAAAUACAUAAAUGAACAAAUUGAAGAGGAACUCUUAACUAAACAACGGUUGCAAAGAGAACUUAAGAUGUGUGGAAAGAGCGGGAGAAGCGAAGACUCGCUGUCAAAUAGCAGUAGUAUGAGUAGUUUCACCAAUUGA